ACGGAAAUGUAGCAAGCAUGCGCACUCUGACGUUGUAUCAUCUCAUCACUGCUCGCCUGGGCCUAUCGAGCCGGCAUCCGGUGAUACCACGGAUCGAAACUGUGCUCGCGUGUCACCGGACUCGAGCUGACGCCUAUCACAUCGUUAUGUGCUGGGCCCAGUCCGUCUGCAUAGGCUCGUUCCUAUCUCAGCCCCCAUGGAGAGCGUAGCAGCUGCGGCGUGCACCGCGCUUUCUGUUGGAUGCCUCACCUACAUUAUUUACCGCACUUUUGUGAGUAGUACAGGUGCCCAAGGACUUGCAAAGCUUCCUGGACCUCGCGGCUGGCCGUUCAUUGGCUACUUGCGUGCCAUCGAGAAACCCGAAUGUGUCACGUACAAGCGAUGGAGCGACGACUACAAAUCCGACAUACUGGGCGUGAAUAUGCUGGGGACCACCGUCGUCAUAGCGAACACACUCAGAGUCGCGAACGAACUCUUGGAGGCUCGGUCUGCCAUCUAUUCUGAUAGGUGUCUUACCAUGCUGAGAGAUCUUGUUGGAUUUGGCUGGAAUAUCGCGCUCGCGCGAUAUGAUUCGUACUGGCGCGACGCUAGAAAGAUAGCCUCUCAAGCGUUUCAUCCGCAAGCUAUCGUGCGCUAUCGACCGGCAGAGGUCAAAGCGACACUCAAGUUUCUCCUCAACCUCAUGGAUGCACCGGAGGAUUUCCGGAGUUACAUCAAGUACUUUGCAGGGCAGCAAAUCUUGCACAUCACUUACGGUCUCGAAAUUCAGGACAGGAACGACCCGUACAUUGCAAUGGCCGACCGUGCGGUGUUCAUCGGUACUGCAUGCGUGGCCCCAGGCUCAUAUCUGGUCGACCUUAUUCCCAUACUCAAAUAUAUUCCAGAAUGGUUUCCCGGUGCUGGAUUCAAGAGACAAGCGCGAGAAUGGCGCAAAGAUGUCAGCCUCGCAUUUAAUGCGGCGUUCGCUGCAAUGAAGGUGUGCUGGCUCCUUAUCCCUUCAGACUGCAUGGUAAAGCCGCUCGUGGAGAAGAUGCUCGAUGGUCCCGGCGAUCCUGUCUAUGCGGAGUACGUUCUGAAAGGCACACUCUCAUCGAUGUAUAUAGCUGGAGCAGACACGACCGUAUCUAUCCUAGAUACAUUCUUCCUCGCCAUGACGUUGCACCCUGAUGUCCUGCAAGAGGCACAACGCUCCGUGGAUCGCAUCUGCGAGGGACGACUCCCCAAUUUCUCAGACUACGACGCGCUGCCGUGGGUACAUGCCAUUGUGAAGGAAUGUCUGCGCUGGCGACCGGUCUCCCCGAUGGUCUUUGCACACAUGCUAACCAAGGAUGACAUUUACGAAGGCUAUCACAUCCCGAAAGGCUCGCUCGUCCUCGCGAAUGCUUGGGCAGUCCUACAUGAUCUAGAGGCAUACUCCGAUCCAGAGGCCUUCAACCCGCGACGUUUCCUCCGACCACGCCCGAGCAUUGGCGGAACGGGCACGGAGAACGUGGAGCUCGACCCGACCGUGCGCGAUCCGAUGGUAGCGGCCUUCGGCUUCGGGCGGCGCAUCUGUCCUGGGCGUCACAUGGCGUACGAGUCCCUCUGGAUCGCGGUCGCGAGCGUCGUUGCUGCAUUCGACAUCACCAAGGCCGUCGAUGCACAUGGUGCGGUCAUUGAACCGAGUGGGGAGUACACGGAUGGGUUCUUGACGGCGCCGAAGCCGUUUAGGUGUUGUAUUCGUCCACGGUCGGCUGCGCAUGCGGCGUUGGUGCAAGCUGCGCCAGAGCAGGAUGGUUGA